CAAGGUCGUGGCUUGACUCUGCAAUCUGCAGAGUGGCAGCAUUAUUUUUGUUCAGUGAAGUCCCGUACUGUCGGCUGCCCCAUACCCGCCGCUGUGACUGGAUUUUCACUGGCUUCUCAUUUUUUUGAAGUUUGCCCCUUCUUCUUUUUGCAAAAGCACCUUUGACUUGACUGCAAGCAGAGAGAGAAAGGGUCCUUGGGCCGAUCUAAAAAGCACCUCAGGAUGUCAGAAUCCUUAAAACUACAAAAGGAACAGCAGCAACGGGACCUUGAGACGCGCUAUGAGAGCAGCUAUCACCAAGGCUUCCUAUCAUCUGUUAGCCGCCAGUCUUAUGCUGCUUAUGUGAGCAGCAGCAGCAGCCAUGGGCACAAGAUCUCAAAGAAGGAGAAGAAACUGAGCACUCUCUCUAAGAAAGAAAAGCGCUCAUACCUGGCUGUGGACAAAGAAGACGAGAUCAUUGGAUACGUCGUGCCAGUCUUCAGAAGCAGUCAUUUGGCUACCCAGGAUCUGAUGGAGACUCAGGAGGAGGUAAAGGAGGAGGGUAUGGGGUAUGUCGUCAUGAGGAACCUGUUCUCCAGGGAGACCGACUUCAAGAUGAGAACUGUGAAGAAGUCCAGAGAGACCAGUUUGAGAGAGUCUGCUGAGCGCCUUGCUCUGAGCAGGAAGAUGCAUGAGAAAGAAGAAUUCCAGAAGAAGAUGAAUCCAGACAGUUUGACUCACCCCCCGGAGUUCAUUCUGAAACCACGUGGCCAGACCGUGUGGGAGGGGAAGAGUGUGACGUUGCACUGCACGGUGGCUGGAUGGCCCAAACCCCACGUGGCCUGGUACAAAAACAAUGUUUUAAUUGAUGCUAAGUCUCACCCUGAGAAGUACUUCACAGAGAGCCAAUACAACAUGCAUUCUCUGGAAAUCAAGAAUUGUAAUUUUAGCGACACUGCUGAGUACCGAAUCUCUGCACUUAACGUGAAGGGAGAAAGUUCUGCCUUUGCCCCUGUCAUUAUUAAAAGAUUCAAAGAAGGAGAAGAAGUGAGUGAAAGGCCCCAUGGUUUCAGCCCUGAAUAUGGUGUGACCUUCAACACUACCAUCAUUGACAAGUUUGAUGUUUCUUUUGGCCGUGAGGGAGAGACCAUGAGUUUGGGCUGUACAGUCAUUGUCUACCCCACUGUGAAGCGCUACCAGCCAGAGAUAGUGUGGUACAGAAAUGGUGUCGCCUUGUCACCUUCUAAGUGGGUGCACAUGCAUUGGAGUGGUGAGCAAGCCACUUUGACUCUUGUGCAUCUGAACAAAGAAGAUGAGGGUCUCUACACUCUGCGUGUCAACACCAAGUCAGGCUUCGACACCCACUCUGCCUAUGUGUUUGUCAGAGAUGCUGAUGUGGAGGAGGAGGGGGUUCCUGUUGCUCCGCUUGAUGUGCGUUGUCAUGACGCUAAUAAAGACUAUGUGGUUGUUACCUGGAAGCAGCCAGCAGUGGAGGGCAGCAGUUCCAUCAUUGGCUACCUUAUUGACAGGUUGGAGGUGGGCACUCAUCAUUGGACCCAGUGUAAUGACACUCCAGUGAAGUAUGCCCGUUUUCCUGUCACUGGGCUUAUUGAGGGCCGCUCCUACACCUUUAGGGUCCGAGCCCUCAACAAUUCUGGUGUGAGCCGCCCAUCCCGGGCCUCUGACCCUGUAGUUGCCAUGGAUCCAUCAGACCGUGCCCGCCUUAGAGCUGGUCCCUCGGCUCCAUGGACUGGAAUGAUCAAAUUUACUGAGGAAGACCCCACAGUGGGGGUGGUUCCUGGUCCAUCUACUGACCUGGCUGUCACUGAGGCUACUAAGAGUUACGUGGUACUGAGCUGGAAGCCACCCAUCCAGAGAGGACAUGAGGGUGUCAUGUAUUAUGUGGAGAAGUGCUUGGUGGGAACAGAUACAUGGCAGAGAGUGAACACCGGGAUGCCAGUGAAGUCUCCCCGCUUUGCCCUGUUCGACCUUGCUGAGGGCAAAUCCUACAGCUUCCGUGUCCGUAGCUGCAACUCUGCUGGAGUUGGAGAGCCAUCAGAAGAAACUGGGGCGACUACUGUGGGAGACAGAUUGGACCUGCCCUCUGUCCCAGGGCCUGUUAUUCCCAUCAGAAACACUGACACGUCUGUAGUUGUGUGCUGGGGGGCAUCUAAGGAGGUUAAGAAUCUGGUGGGCUAUUACAUCGAGGUCAGCGUCAGUGGCAAUGGCGUUUGGGUUCCCUGCAACAACAAGCCAGUCAAAGGCACUAGGUUUGUGUGCCACGGGCUGAACACUACGGACAAAUGCGUGUUUAGGGUGAAGGCUGUGAACGCUGCAGGAUACAGUGGAAGCAGCGCCGAAUCUGAGGCCUGCAUUGUACAAGCAAGCAUUGCCGUCCCAAGCCCUCCCACUGGUGUGACCCUGCAGGAGAGGGUCCGUGACUACAUGGUGCUGGGCUGGCAAGCCCCUGCUAAGACUGGUGGAGCUGACAUCAAAGGUUACUACCUGGACUACAGAACAGUGAAGGAUGGAGUCACAAGCAAGUGGCAUGAAAUUAACCUCCAGGCAGUCACUGGCACAUCUUAUAAAGUAGGCCCUCCUCAUGGCCUCCGUGUCCAGGAGGUGCGUAAAGACUCUAUGGUGCUUCUGUGGGAACCACCUACAUUCAAUGGCCGCAGUGCUGUGACUGGAUAUUAUGUGGACUAUAAGGAAGAGAAUGGCAGAUGGAGAUGUGUCCAAGAGAGAUCCACAAAAAAUACUUACAUGAAGGUAACUGGUCUCCAAGAGGGUGUUUCCUACAGGCUGCGCAUCCAUGCUAAGAAUCUGGCAGGUGUUGGUGGACCCUCAAAGGCAACUGAUGCAAUUUUGGCUGAGACUCGCCCUGGAACCAAUGAGAUUGUGGUGGAUGUGGACGACGAUGGUGUGAUCUCUCUGAUCUUUGAGUGCUCCGAUAUUAAAGAGAACUCUCAGUUUGUGUGGUCUAAAAACUACGAGGCCUUCACUGACACUUCUCGUCUCACCAUUCAGACUGCUGGGGGCAGGUCCAGAGCCAUCUUUAAUGACCCAUCGUUGGAAGACUUGGGCACUUACUCCUGUUUUGUGACCAACACUGAUGGUGUCUCUGCCAGCUACACGCUCACUGAGGAAGGACUUAAGCGCUUGUUGGACAUCAGCCAUGACCACCAGUUCCCCAUAAUUCCCUUCAAAAGUGAAAUGGCCAUUGAGCUACAGGAGAAGGGCCGUGUUCGUUUCUGGGCCGAAGUUGCCAAGUUCACUUCUAACUGCCAAGUGGAGUAUGUGUUCAAUGACAAUAUCAUCCAUGAAGGAAAGAAGUACACAAUGAACUUUAACAAAACUACUGGCAUUAUUGAGAUGUUCAUGGACUUACUGGAGGUUACUGAUGAAGGAACCUUCACAUUCAACCUCGUUGAUGGCAAAGCAACUGGUCGCACCAGCUUAGUGCUUAUUGGAGAAGAGUUUGCUGAGCUUCAGAAGAAAUCUGAGUUUGAGAGAGCAGAGUGGGUCAGAAGGCAAGGUCCUCACUUUGUGGAUUAUCUCAGUUUCGAGGUCACUCCAGAAUGUGAUGUGCAUCUGAAAUGCAGGGUUGGAAACAUCAAACCUGGCACUGAGAUUGCCUGGUUUAAGGAUGGAAUUGAGAUUGAAGAGGAUGAUGAGGAUGCUAAGAAGAUCGGAAAAUCUGAUGAAGUGUUGAUCUUUGACAUUGGCAAGCUUGUUAUUAAGAGCGAAAAGGCACAACGGAAAAAGAAACCUGCAACCGAAGAAAGUCCAAGCAAGCCAAAAAUUUCAAAGAAAGAUGCAGGAGUAUAUGAGGUUAAACUGAAAGAUGAAAGAGGAAAGGACAAAACUUUGCUGAACCUGACAGAUGCAGGUUAUCAAGCAGUGCUGAAUGAAGUAUUUAGAGUUAUUGCCAAUUCUUCAACCGAGCUCAAGGUUAUGAGCACAGAACACGGAAUCAUUCUCUACUCAUUCGUUGUGCACUAUAUUGAAGAUCUCCGUGUUGGCUGGCUUCACAAAGAAUCAAAGAUCUCCCAUUCAGACAGAGUGCAGUGUGGAGUCACCGGAGAACAGCUGUGGCUCAAAAUGAACGAGCCCACCGAGAAAGAUAAGGGCAAAUAUGCCAUUGAUAUCUUCGAUGGCAAAGGCAGCUUCAAGAGAGUUCUUGACCUGUCAGGACAAGUAUGGGAGGAAGCAUUUGAAGAAUUCAAGAGGCUGAAGGCGGCAGCCAUAGCAGAGAGAAACCGUGCUCGUGUGGUGGGCGGCCUGCCCGAUGUAGUCGCCAUUCAGGAGGGCAAGUCUCUCAACCUCACUGGCAACGUAUGGGGUGAUCCUGUUCCUGAGGUCGGCUGGGUGAAGAAUGAUAAGCCGCUGUUGUCUGACGAUCACCACACGCUGAAGUUUGAGCACGGCAAGUUUGCCAGCAUCACCAUCGCUGCUGUUACAACCGUCGACUCGGGCAAAUACGCCCUGCUGGUGAAGAACAAGUAUGGCACAGAGGCGGCAGAGUUUACCGUCAGUGUCUACAUCCCAGAGGAUGAAGCGGAGAAGAAGGAGUAAAGACACGCACAGAGGGAGAGAGGGGGUUAACAUAUGACCAGUAUACCUUCCAAAGCAUUUUAAUUCAAAGCAUGCCCACCCACAGUGCGAUAUUGUAUGGUUUUCCCUUAAAGAAACAUUUUAAAUAAACAUAAUUUUCCCAAUGUGAGCGAUAUUAGCUUCUAGGCUGUUCACAUUAUUCUUAACCCAGGGUUUAAAGGGAUAGUUCAUCCAAAAAUUAAAAUUCUGUCAUGAUUUAAUCACCUUCAAGCUGUUUGAAGAAAACAUUUUGAAGAAUGUUGGUAACCAGUUGACGGUAGCCAUUGACUUCCAUAGUAUUUUUUUUAAUACUGUCAAUGCCAGUGGCUACCGUCGACUGUUUGGUUACAAACAGUGUGCGUGCCAUGAGGAGGCCUGUCCCAGCCACUUUGGUCCUUGUGCCCCCCUCUAGAAAUGCAAAUGCCCCCCACCCCAUAGUUUGUAUGGACUGGUGCCGAAUCUGGUUAUCAACAUUCUUCAAAAUAAAUGUAUUCUUGGCUCACAGAAGAAGAAAAAACUCAUAGAGGUAUGGAACAACUUGAGAAUUAGUAUAUGAUGACAGAAUUUUAAUUUUGAGGUGAAAUAUCCCUUUAACAUCUUUUUAAUUCUGAGUUAAGAAUACUCUAAUGCGUUAAGCAGUGUUUCACAUUUGUGACCCUUGACCACGAAACCAGUCAUAAGGGUCAAUUUUUCGAAA